CUCUGUAAAUAUCUUUUUUAUCGUAGGUAUAUACUCUUAUCGUGUCAUUUUAUCGUGACUGUUCCCAUCAUAUUUCCCACCAUACAAAAGUAUGGCUGCUUUUGAAGCUGUUAGCAAGCUUAUGAUAAAUUCCCUCGGAGGCAGGUUUUCGAUUAUAGAUUUUAGACGCUGUGAACUUCCUCCGGAAAGGCCUGAUGAUAAUGACUUCGAUCCACGACUAUACAGAGAACCAAAAUGUCCUAUCAGUCCAUGGAUGGCGUACUUCAACCUUCUACGUACCGGGUUCGGUGCAGGUGUCCUGGGCUUGCCACUGGCUAUCAGCCAAUCGGGAAUCAUCCUUGGGCCGCUGCUAACAUUGGCUACUGGUGCUCUCAUGAUCCACACUCAUUUGACGUUGUUAUGGUGUCUAAAUGAAAUCAGCCGCCAACUAAGAAUUCCUUAUAUUUCGUACCGGUAUGGUUUCCGUAUCGCGCUGCUUCAUGGCCCACCUAUUUGUCGUUAUAUAGGUGAAAGGGGCCCAACUAUCAUAGCAACGAUGAUGAUGAUGAGUCAAAUUGGAAUAUGUACCGUAUUUGUGAUAUUUACUACGGACAGUUUACGUGAUAUCAUGGACUGGGAAAGUUCAAGGCCAGCUUUGUUAGCACUACUGCUGCCAUAUCUUUUACUAGAAUACUUCAUGAAAACAUUAAAAAUUGUCAGCUACGUGUCUUUAGUUGGUAAUUUGAUGAACUUCGUGGGACUAGUGCUGAUAUUUUACCUCAUAUUUGAAGACCCUCAUGGAGAAACUAUAGUGGCCACCACUGAAACACUACCAUUUUUAUUUGCUUUAGGCACUUUCCUUUUUAAUAUGAGCGCGGUUGGAGUAGUAUUAUCACUGGACAAGGCGCUUAAAGAUCCAACAAUAAUGACAUCACGGUGCGGUGUAAUCAUAAUUGGGAUCCUCGUACCAACUCUCGUUUCUACUAUUUUUGGGACACUUGGCUAUUGGUCAUUUGGUACAAUGGAGGAGAAUAUUCUGCGCUCGUUGCCUUUUGAUAAUUAUAUAGCAAUGACAGCUAUAGGUCUAUACAUGAUCGCAGUGGCAUUGGCAUACCCGAUACAAUGCUACCCAGGAAUACAAAUAAUAUUGGAGGUGGUUAAGAAUCACCACUUAAACGAACCACCGUCUGAUAACGCAUUGAAAAUAUUGGAGUCCAUCGCUCGGCCCGUCUUUGUGUGCACUUCUUUUUUAAUAGGCUACUUAAUCCCGUUUCAAGGGCCUUUUGUAGCCUUCGUCGGUAGUCUCUGCACCACACUUUUGGCCUUGGUGUUCCCAGCUACGAUGGAACUGUGCCUAAUGUAUCCGGGUGAUUACGGGAAAUUUAACAUUCAUUUGGUUAAAAAUUUGAUUAUAAUCAUUAUUGGUAUUUUCAUCUGCUUCUUUGGUAUAGCGCAUUGCGGCUAUCUCAUCUAUAUUAGAAUUUUGUCUUUGGAUUCUCCAAACGAUGUCUAG